GCACCAAUUAUUAAAACCCAGCCGUCUAGUCCAAUGAAUAGCACAAAAUUUCAAGGUGGCACUGGAUCUGUACCCCCUCGCUCACAGACGGUCUCAAAUGAUCGCAUCGGUUAUCGUAGAAAGGUUGGAUUCGAUUCCGUCGAUGAAUACCUCACUGGGCACCCUCUAUCGACGCUCACCUUGCAGUCUACAACUUCCGACUACAAAAGAUCAAAGAACACUCGCACUUUCUUAGUCGGUGCUUCCACAGACGUUAAUGGACAGCGUGCAUUAGAUUUCGUCAUCACGAAUUUACUAGAGAAUGGCGAUGAGAUCGUCGCAAUGAGAGUUUUUGAUGAUGAGCCACGUAACCAGGAGAACGCCCGUGAUGAAGCAGAGGAACUACUCGAGUCUAUCAGGAUAAAAAAUGAUGAGUUUGAAAAUAGACAGAUAUCAAUCGUCGUCGAGUUUAUAUCUGGGAAGAUUACAACUGCCAUAAGGUCUUUAAUUGCUCUCCAUCGCCCUGAUUCCUUUGUCGUUGGUUCGCGUGGUAAAAGUGGAACAUGGACACAGAUUUCCUCAGCUUUCGCUUCUGUGCGUUCAGGAUCUGGUACAGCUGGUGGCAUGGGAUCGGUUUCGAGAUGGAGUCUCAGUAACUCAAAAGUACCAACUAUAGUAGUUCGAAAUGACGCGAAAGUUAAAGAGUCGCUUGCAAAGCGUGCAAAUAAUAGCAAGAGACGAUCAUACCAUUCGCUCCUUCGUGCUUAGAAUGCUACUUGGUCGAAUAUUUCAGUAAGACAGUACACGACGGAUCAUAUACAUUUUUCAUAAACUGUAUAAGCAAAUCUUUCAGUCCUGUAAAACAUGUAAGAU